AUGGCUGACCCACAAUCGUACUUUAACCUGCCAAUUGAUUUGAACGUCAAUGAAACCGGCCCUCAAGAAAGCGCUUUCGACACCCUUGUUAAACAAGGAUCCCCGGAUGAAGUGAGCAAAGCGACCAACAUGCGAUGGAUCAUCAAUCUCUUCCGAGAAUGGGUCCGUCGCCCUCAGGUGGUGACGGCUUCCCAAGCCCAUACUGUUAUAUACGUUUCACUUGACGAAGAUAAGGUCAUCCUCGAUAAUGAAUGGGAGAUGCUUCUUGCCAUUGACGACGAGGAUGCUCGAGAACGCUACCUCCGGUGCCGCCUUUCCAAAUCCCUCGCGGCCGGUAAUGUCUCGGGUGGCCCCUUUGAUCUUGCUUGCGCCGACUCCAGACAACUCGAAGCCUUGUUGGAGGAAUGCUCUUCGAAUCUUCCUCGAAGUUUUGAAGAGGAUUACGUUGACUAUUUCCUGGCCUUUGUGUUCAAAGAGCGGGUGCUUGGACGCUUCAAGUUGUGGGCGCGGACGGCAUUUAAGGAAGUGUGCCCCAAGGUCCCUGCGUCUAUUGAAGAGAUUGCUGACGCUUUUUACCGAGUGAAGGAGCAGCCGCUCGCCCUGAGAAUCAUCGUAUACCGGAAGUUGAUGGCUGUCACCCAACCUUCUAAUCGCAACGAGUUUUCACACAUGUUGGUCUCCGACGAGGCAGACCGGUUACUGUUGAAUCGUGUCUUCAGAAACCACCCCCGACUUGAAGCCUUGAAGGGAAGGUGGACUGCCCUCGGACUUUCCAGUACAUGCUCAUGUAUGAGGAACGCCAGUUCGCUCACAUUUACCUGA